AAUUCAGCUUCGCUGGCUGACAAAGUGUCUUUCCGUCCGUCCGGCAGAAUUCAAAUGAGAGGAAACAGCAACGGACAACAACACACCGAAGGGACGGCUUUCAAGGGAACACCAAUAAUAUUGGGGAAAGCGAGUGGUGCUCGGCAAACCAACCAACCAUGGUGAAUCAUCGAGGCAAGUUUUCGGUGGAGUUGGUGGAACAGCACGGUCGCCUCCAAUGCCCCGAAGAUAUCGAGCCUGCGUCGGGACAGGCGUUUGCGCGAGUGGACCCCGAGGGUGACUAUUUGGUGCGGGUCCAGGUGCUGAAUGCGGUCGAUGCCGAUCGCAAGUUUCUCUUUUACGUUCAUAUCAAUGACCUCUACAUUGGCCAUCGACAGUGUCUGAGUCAACGAGAUGGAUUGGUGGACGUGGGUCUUUUAAAUUUCAGUGAUUCGGGUGUGUUGAUUGGCACCAAUGAACCCAUGCGCUUUCACGAGGCUCGACUGUUGGAGAAGGGAGCUACCAGCAUUAAUUAUUUGAGCGAUUCCGCCUCCAUGGAUGACGACAGCAAUGAUCCAUCAGCUGUGCCCAUUCAUACGGACAUUCUUCACAUGGGCAAGGUAACUGUCAAAAUCUACGAAGGCGUUAUGGAACGGAGGUCUUCCGCCUUUGGCAACAAUCUGUGUGGGGAUGAAGCCUAUCAGCCAGGACUUUUCGUCCAGUCCAUCAAUUUGCACUGUGCUACCACUGCGGACUUGGGAAUUUCCUACUUGAUCUCGGAGGACAGGGAACGGUUUCGAAAGGCAGAGAGCAAACGCUCCUUCGAUUACGAUGAUUCACCCACCAAUCAUCAUAGCAAUGAUCAUCGCCCAGCCUUCAAACGGAUCAGAACCGAGAGUGGAUAUGUAGGGGUGAUGCAAACCAGCAGCAAGCACAGCGGUGGAAAUGGAAUGGAUUGUGCAGUGGUAAUGCAUCCAGCUCCACGCUUCGGCUGAGCGUGGCAAGAAUUAAUAUCCAAUCAACAACACAAAAAAAGAGGAAAAGCGAUUUUUCCCACAAGGAAACACCAGCAAUGCAAGAGGUGGCUUCGACAGUACGAGUAAGAAAUUAGAAAAGUUUACAAUAUUUAUGUGUAGC